AUGGAGGGAAAAAAGAAGCAAAGUAUCGUAUAUUUUGACAUCUCUAUUGGCAAGCAAAAUGAAGGUAGAAUUGUCUUCAAACUUUACGAUGACGUGGUUCCAAAAACGGCCGAAAACUUUCGAGCUCUUUGCACCGGCGAAAAAGGCACGGGCAAAUUGAAUAAACCUCUCUGCUACAAGGGAUCAAUAUUCCAUCGGGUGAUCAAAGAAUUUAUGAUUCAAGGAGGCGAUUUCACUGCUGGGAAUGGAACAGGCGGAGAAUCUAUUUACGGGACCAAAUUUGAGGACGAAAACUUUCAAACCAAACACAGCAAGCCAUUCCUCCUUUCUAUGGCAAAUUCAGGUCCAGGAACAAAUGGGUCCCAGUUCUUCAUAACUACUGUUGCAACUCCACAUCUUGACGAUAAGCACGUAGUAUUCGGUGAGGUUCUGAGUGGAAAAUCUGUUGUUCGUAAAAUUGAGAACCUACCAACAAUCCCUGGUGACAAGCCUUCUAAAAACGUCACAAUAGCCGACUGUGGGCAGCUCGCAGGCGAACAAGCUGAUGAUGUCGCCCAAAUAGUCCCCGACCCUACAGGCGACCGAUAUGAAGAUUAUCCAGAAGACAAUAAUAAGACUUUGAGUUUUGAUGAAUUAAUUAAAAUCGCUACAGAGAUGAAAAAUAUUGGCAACGCUUUGUUUAAAUCUGGUAAUCUUUCGAUGGGGAUUGAAAAAUACCGCAAGGGUUUGAGGUAUCUCGAUGAAACUUCGAAGCAAGAAGAUGGAGUUAAGGAAGUGUCAAAGACAGUAUCGGAACUCCGCUAUACUCUACACUCGAACUCUGCGUUAGUCGCCAACAAGAUGAACAACUACGACGAAGGAUUGACACACGCUAAGGCCGCAUUAGAGACUUCAGACCUUGGUGAUAAGGAGAAAGCAAAGGUAUUAUACCGACGUGCUGUGGCUCACGCUGGUUUGAAGGACGAGGAAGGCGCUCUCAAAGACUUGCAGGAGGCAAAUAGUCUCGUACCUGGCGAUCCAGCUGUAGUUGGUCUCCUUAAUACCGUGAGACAAAAUCUCGCCGAACGUUCUAGAAAAGAAAAGGCGGCGUACAAGAAAUUCUUCAGUUAG